AUGAAGUAUUGUAGCUUAGAUCUCGGCAUAUCUCCAGUGACCUCUUCGCUUCAAUCUUGUCUCCAGCAUUCUACGGAUAAUCAAUCUUUAACCAUAAGACCAAAGGAGACCAAUGCAGUCUAUGAUGGAAAAGUAGGAGGAUACGAUCUUGUAGAGAUUCAGUUUUUCAUUUUUUCUUAA